ACUAUCUAAAUUUAUCCAAAAUGUGGUAAUAUGAUAUAAGCUAUUCAUCAUAUUUCUUCACCUACGCAAAAGAAUUUGGCCAUGGGAUCAUCAGAAUCUUCUCUCUCAAGUUCACAGAAAGGGGAAGAUGGAAUCACCAUUGUCUCCGAGCGAUUUGAAACCAUGGAUCCAGUGCUAGAGAAGCUUAAAUCCCUUAGAACUACGACUCCAAUAUUGAUGCCUAAACUAACCAAGAGUGACUUGACAAAUGUUUUGGUCAAGAAACCCCCAUCUUCAUCUGAUACAGGUAUCGUGGAUCCCAAAGUGAUACUGGAUUUGUUCUCAACAUACCAAGAGUGGCAAGAACAGCAGGCUCACAACAUUAACAAAAGACAGGAAGCGCUAGAAGACAAAAUAAAAGCUAUAGAUGCUUUGGCUAUAAAACUUCUUAAAAAAUAUAAAUCCUCUGCCUCGGCAGUGAAGACAACUUCAAGGCACCUAUCUGGAGUUGAUCAGUUGCAGGUGGAAGUCGGGGAGCUAAAGGGGAGGCUGACUGAAGUGGUCAAUAAUUGUGAUAGUAUAUGCAAGAGAAUUGCAGUGGAGGGCCCAGAAUCGCUUCAUUCAUCGGUCAAGCCAUUUACUAGCUUGUCCUCGGUGUCAAAGAAUCCACCACUACCUUGAUGGAAUGUAGCUUGUUCUCAAGUUAGCUUCCGAUUCACCUCUAACCAUCGAAUGAAAUUUGAAUAAUCUAUCCUCUUCUCUUUGUAUUAUAUAUAAAGGGUAGUUUGGUAUUUUAUAUUUUGUUGUUUUGUA